AAGCGGAAGUGAGGGAGAAAAGCACGAAGGCUCCGCUGUUCGCAUGCGCAGGCUGUAGUGUUUACUUCCGCUUGACCUGGCCCGGACGCCAGAAAAUAUUCCACGUGGGAUACCCUGCGUGGGGUUCACUGAAGUAGCGACACUGGGUAGUCCUUGGAGCGGGCCUGAGAGACAAGGACAUGUGGAUCCCAGUAGCCAGGCUUCCUCCGCGGCUGAGGCUCUCUGCCUCGGCGGCCGCUGGUCGCUUUUGCAUUUUAGGGUCUGCAGCGGCGACGCGAAAGCACUUGCCAGCGAGGAACCGCAGUGGCCUGUCUGACUGCUCUCCGCAGCUGUUGCCCGAAACGGAUUUCAGGAAUCCGCCAAAGAAGGCGUCUAGGUCCAGCUUAGACUUUAAGCGUUACGUAACCGAUCGGAGAUUGGCUGAGACCCUGGCGCAAAUCGUAUGCGGAAAACCAAAUAGACCUCCACACUUACUGCUGGAGUGCAAUCCAGGUCCUGGAAUCCUGACUGAAGCAUUACUUGAAGCUGGUGCCAAAGUGGUUGCCCUCGAAAGUGACAAAACUUUUAUUCCACAUUUGGAGUCCUUAGGGAAAAAACUGGAUGGAAAACUACGAGUGAUUCACUGUGACUUCUUUAGAAUAGAUCCUAGAAGUGGUGGAGCAAUAAAGCCACCCGCUAUGUCUUCUGAAGAGCUCUUCAAGAAUUUGGGAAUAGAAGAGGUUCCUUGGACAGCAGGCAUCCCUUUAAAAGUAUUUGGAAUGUUUCCAAGUAGAGGUGAAAAAAGGGCACUUUGGAAACUCGCAUAUGACUUGUAUUCCUGUACUUCUAUCUAUAAAUUUGGACGAAUAGAAAUAAAUAUGUUUAUUGGUGAAAAAGAAUUCCAGAAACUAAUGGCAGAUCCCCGAAAUCCAAAGUUGUAUCAUGUAUUAAGUGUUAUCUGGCAGAUAGCUUGUGAGAUUAAGGUUCUGCACAUGGAGCCUUGGUCAUCAUUUGAUGUAUACACCCGAAGUGGGCGGCUGGAAAACACAAAGCGUAAGGAAGUAUUAGAACUAUUACAACAAAAGCUGUAUCUUGUUCAAAUGACUCCUCGGCAAAAUUUAUUUGCCAAUAGCUUAACACCUAUGAACUAUAAUAUAUUUUUUCAUUUGUUAAAGCACUGUUUUGGGAGGCGCACUGCCACUGUAAUAGACCACUUACGUUCAUUGACUCCACUUGAUGCGAGGGAUGUAUUGAUGCAAAUAGGAAAAGAGGAAGAUGAGAAAGUAGUUAACAUGUACCCUCAAGACUUCAAAAGACUUUUUGAAACUAUAGAGUGUUCCGAAGAUUGUGCUUAUAAAUGGCUGUAUGACGAAACCCUGGAAGACAUGUAGCACCUGGACUGUCGUUUUUAGUGGAGCACUUGGACUGUCGUUUUUGGUGGAGCGGUUUAUUUACUUGGAAACUAUGACAUGAAAACCAAAUUUGAAAACUCCCAUGCUUUCAGCAGAGGAUAACUGUUCUUGUUUUGCACAAGCCAGGCAGAUCAUUUCUCCUAAGUUAUCAUUGGCAUAUUGGAUGAAACAGUGGCUGCUAUUUUUUUCACAAUUGAAUAAAAUGAAAACUUCAAUUAAUUGUGGAUUUGAUCAGAUUGAAUUUUAUUUCAGAUUCCUCUUUAAAUAUUUCACUUUUACUGUUGCUGAUGUUUACAUCUUGAAGAGCAAGAGUCUGUACAUUAUCAAGCUUAGAAAGUAAACAAAACUGAUAUACUGAUUUGCCUUUCAGUUUGUUGAAAUGUAUUGUCAAAUACUGUACAAUGAAAUUGUUUAAGUUGUAAUAUGAUGUAAGCUUUUUUAGAAAUUAAAAUAUUUUAAAUAAUAAGAUUUUGUGGUUUCUUUUGGUCUCUAAAUACUUAAUGAAACAUUAAACUGACCCUAAUUUACUGCAUUUUAGUUCUGUCAUGUAGAGUCUAUAGUUUUGGUGAAUAAUUCAGUGUGUAUUUAAAAAAGUCUUCUGCACAUUUGUUCUAUCAAGAAAAUUCAUCUGACGUUAGAUGUGAACCUAAAUGGAAUUUAUGUGAACCUAAAUGGAAUUAAGAAUGUUUUCUUGGCCGGGCACAGAGGCUCACGCUGUAAUCCCAGCACUGGGAGGCCAAGGCAGGAGGAUCACGAGGUCAGGAGUUUGAAACCAGCCUGGCCAACAUGAUGAAACCCCGUCUCUACUAAAAGUACAAAAAUUAGCCCGGCAUGUUGGCGGGCGCCUGUAAUCCCAGCUACUCGGGAGGCUGAGGCAGGAGAAUCACUUGGACUUGGGAGGCAGAGGUUGCAGUGAGCCAAGAUUGUACCACUGCACUCCAGCCUGGGUGACAAAGCAAGACUCUCGGGGAAAAAAAAAAAAGUUUUCUUGCCAGGAGUGGUGGUGUGCACCUAAUAGUCCCAGCUACUCAGGAGGUGGAGGAGGGAGGACAUCUGAGCCCAUGAGUCUAGUCUGGGGGCAACAUGGUGAAACCGCCAUUUCUAAAAAUACUUUAUAAAACAGCUGGGCAUGGUGGCAGGUUCCUGUAGUCCCAGCAACUUGGGAGGCUGAGGUGAGAGGAUCACUUCAGCCCAAGAGUUCGAGGCUGCAGUGAGCUACUAUUUAUUGUACCUGUGAAGAACCCCUGCAUUGCAGCCUGGGUAACGUAGCGAGACUCAUCA